AUGGCGGCACUAUCUGAUUUCAAACGCAUCAACGAAAUCGUCUUGGUUCGCUCCCCUUCUCCAACAACCGAAGGAGGCGAGGGAACGCAAUCUUCGCGAUCCAGCAGCAAGACUCUAGCCGCCACGCCAGAGACAAUCCUGCUUCUCUCCUGGGGCGAUGCGGCUGCCAAACACAUCGAAAAGUACACCAACAUGUACACAAAACUCUACCCGAGCGCAAAGAUUGUUCUCGUCCGGGGCGGCGUGGCCGAUUUCCUGUAUCGCUCAAACAGUGCUCAACGCAAACUCGUUUCUCCAGCUGUCAAGAUCCUAGCUGAGUCCGCUGACGAAUCGACGUUACUGGUACAUGUCAUGUCGAAUGCAGGCUCAAAGACAUGGUCCACAAUCAACGCGGCAUAUCUCGAAACCACGGGUCGCGCUCUUUCGAACGCAGUCACAAUCAUGGACAGUGCUCCUGGUCGCUGGCGAUUUUUUCAGACUUGGACUGCCUUGUCGCGCAGCUUGCCGCGCGCGUUUGUGCCGAGGAUGGCGUUGAGUUUUGUGUUUGGAACGAUCUUGUGCGUUAUUCAACUCAAGGACUUUGUUACGCCGGGUCUGGAUAUCUUGGAUACCGUUAGGGAGCAGAUGAACAGUUCUAAGGGAGCGAUUAAGGGAAAUAGGAGGUGUUAUAUCUAUUCGGAUGGGGAUGAUAUUAUUGGAACCGGGGAUGUGGAGGAGCAUGCAAAAGAGGCACAGCAGAAGGGGUGGGCAGUGGAAUUGGUCAAGUUCCAGGGAAGUACGCAUGUUGGACAUUACAAGCAGGACCCGGAGACGUAUCUAGAUGCGAUUAGGAGGACGUGGUUUGGGACGUCGAAAUAG